AUGAGUCAAUCGCAACAGGAUGAGCUCGCACAGCUCUUUCAACAGAGCAUGCAGCUGGCACAAGCUCCGCAGCAGCUCUCCCAUCCCUCGCCACUGGUCCAGCAUGUAGCCUCGCCAUCAGAGAAGCAGCCCGAGCCGCAAGUGCACUACGUCUCGAGCCACUACACUGGCACCACCCACGUGCGGCCGGAUACAACAUCUGAGCCAUCCCGCUCCCCGCCGCCGCCCUACCGUGAAUCUCUCAUGCCGGAGGCGAUGUACGAACUGCUUCGCCACCACUCGAUUGAUCCUUCCGCGCUCCUGCCAAAUCAGAUCCAUCUCUUCCAAAACGCUGACCACGAGCAGAGAUUGCGUCUGUUGGAGCUGUGGCGCAUAUCACCUCCGAGCUACCCCCAGGAGGGUCACUUGAACGGUACGUGGACUUCCACCAACCUUGAACGAGAGGAGGCCCUCGCUCGUGCGCGAUACGAGCGGCAGCAAACCCAUCAUACCAAGCUCUAUCCGCACCAGGAAGAGCACAUGCUGGAUACGCACCUCCCACGCAUCCCGACACCAGAGCCCAUCAGCCCCAUCAGGGAGCCGGGUGAAGCAGCUUGGCCACCAGCAGCGAGGAUGCGUGUCUCCUCUAUCACGAGGUCCCGACCACAGACGGCGUACGGAGAGCCCGAGCCGUACAUCGUGAAUGGCUAUGCGGGAGAUCGACAAUCGAAGUCGAUCGAUCCCGUCUGGGCAGCUGCGACUGGGUUGUGGCAGGCUCCUACCUAUGCACAAGCAGUUGAGCAACAGCAUCAGAGCAGCGCCAUGGAGGAUCAGUACGGCAUGUACGACCAAAUUCGAAACCACGCGGAUUGGGAACAAUUAAACGAGCACAUCGUCCGGGAACAGCUUGGACAGCAAGCAGUGAUGGCAUCGGAUUACGAUAUGGAAUUAUGA